UAAACAAACAUGUCUUGUGAGCCUGGAAGUGUUGAAAGUGCAGGCGCGAAUAGACCGUCCGCCUGGCCGGGGAAGGGGGCGCAGAGGGGAGCGGAUGCAGCUGGUCCCCGGGGAUUGCACCAUGCUGCGGGAGGAAGACACUAGACUGAUUCAAGAAACUGAAGUUGUUGACUGUCUGCCAGGCACGGAUAGCGGCCGUUACGUUUUUUGAGAAUCACACACUUUGAUUAUGGUGUGACUUGUUUUACUAGUGAACUAGCCAAGUGCCCAGGACCUGUAACAGGACUUGUGAAUUAUUUGGACAGUUGUCCACUAGAAAGAGAACGGACAGUAGCUUCACAGCAGUUAGACAAAACUUGUUCUGAAGUUGUUGAACGUGCACUUCCCAUUAGUGCCUAAUUGUUAAAGUGUUUUUGAUUCUUAUUUUUAUAAGUCAAGUCCUAGAAAAAGCCAAAAUACUUGAAUGAAAUAGCAGCCACAGUGAAAAACUUCACAGCUGUUCCCCCCGCCCUCGGGAUAGGUUCUUGUAAUCUUAUUAGGUAUAAAUGGGACAGCAGGAGUUCUCAGAUAUAAUUUUUAUAGUUUGCCAAUGUAUUGAUUACCAAGCUUUAGAGUCUCAUCAAGUGAGUGGGUUACUUUUUUUUUUAGCAAUAUAAUUACAUUUAAAAAACUGGUAGGAAGAGGUAGCCUCUCAGUUUACUGAAGAUUAAUGUCUUUUUGAUGAUACAGUCAUUUUUGCUAUGUUAGAAGACACGUUUUUGGAAGAAGACAUCUGGAAAUACAAAUCUAAAAGAAAACCCAAACCAGUACAUACAAAUAAUUGCACUGAAAGUAUCCCCAAAUCUGUUGAAAAGCCAACAGAUGGAAAAUGCCAGUCAAAACAAAAAGGAAAAAAAGCAAGAACCAUAGAAGCUACAGGGAAGGUGAAAGAUCAUGAAAUGUGCCUUGGAGAAAGCCAGACUAGCGUAUCUUCUAGUCAGAAUUCGAGUUGUGGAGAUGAUGUUCAGUUGUCCCAGGACAAAGCAGCUACUCCAAGAAAGCACUGUAGAGCUCACAAAAACAGACAAGUGUCCCCAAAGAUACGCCCAGUUUAUGAUGGACACUGUCCAAACUGCCAGAUGCCUUUUUCUUCAUUGUUAGGUCAGACACCUCGAUGGCAUGUGUUUGAAUGUUUGGAUUCUCCACCAAUCUCUGAUACAGAGUGUCCAGAUGGUCUUCUGUGUACCUCAACAAUUCCUUCUCAUUAUAAGAAAUACACUCACCUUCUGCUUGCUCAAAGGAGGGCUAGCAAUGAUCCUUUUAGUGGCCCGCCACAUGCGCCCGGUGGGAGUUCCAGUGAGACCAAGCCAGCCUUUUCUUUUAUCUAUGAGGAAAAAUGGUGUCUACCUCAGAAACAAACUGAGAACUUAAAAAAUGUUUCAAAUGAUCCCUUGUUGAUGAUACAGAAUCUAAAAACAUCUCAGCUUACAACUGAAGCCAAUAAAAAAAUUUCUUCUACAAAUACUCAGACAUCCCAGCAAGCUCUGCAAUCUCCAGAAUUUGUUAAGAUUGAUAAACUGGUAGGAGCUGGUUUGUCACUUAUCAGGAAAGAGUCAGACAGCCAAAGGACCACACAACACACAAAUUUGCCAUUAUCAGAAAAUGACUUCAGCAGCUGUGAAAUCUCUUAUUCUCCACUUCAGAGUGAUGAGGAAACGUAUGAUAUAAAUGAAAAGCUGGAUGAUUCACAACAGGAACUAUUUUGUACCAGAAGUCCUAAAGAUGGCAGCCUAGAAGAUGAUGACAGCUCUGCUGAGUUACAAAACCUCCAUGGUCACUUCCUGAGGAAUGCAGAGGAGAUCUGCCCCAGAGCGAAUAGCUUCUUCACUCAAGAUAAGAACAGUGAAGGACUACAUAAGUGCCGUGCUCUCGGCGAUUCAUUUCAUUUCACCUCGCAAGCUGAGAGCGGCGUCUCAUAUGAUCCAGCAUUCACUGAUUAUUUUCUGUUGUUUCCACCUGCGCUAGCAGGGAAUCUCCCUGCUUCUAGUUAUCAGACCACUAAGGCAAAACCUCAUCAGCCAGAAUUUCACUCAUCUCAAUCAAAUAAACAGAAACAGGUAAUUGAAGAAUCAGCUGUUGAUAAUCAAGCUUCUCUGCCAUUAUUGAAUUGUGAGUUGUCAAAAUCACAAAGUCAGGGAGGACGGUGUCUUUCUUUGCAUUCAAGCCAAAGUAAAAUUAGAGAAUUAUCAAGGGAGAACUUCCGUGCUAAGAACAAUGCCAACUCAGCAUGUGUCUGCAGAAAGACCUUAGACGGUAUGCCAGAGGGUAAAGUUACACUUUUAAGUACAGGAAAAUCUCGUACAUCUACUGCUGCUAAUUCUUCGAGAAAAUUGUCUUCUAGUCCUAAAGGUACUACAAGACAUUUUAGCAAGGCAAUGAAGCAAAUGGAUAUAGGUGUGUAUUUUGGACUACCACCCAAAAGAAAAGAAGAGAAAUCAAUGGAAGAAAGUGCAUUAGAAGUGAUGAACUUAAAUCCAGCUACAAGUCCUAAUAAAAAGAGGCCCCGGCAGUGCAAGAGGAAGGCAGAAAAAUCUUUAAGUGAUUUAGAAUUUGAUGCGAAUGAUUUAAGUGAGAGUCAGUUCUCCAUGGAACUGUCUGAUGAGAGGUCACAGCGUCAAAGAAAGAGACGUAAAAAGUCAAAUUCACAGGAAGGAACACAUCAGAAGAGAUCAGGGCACCUUAUUAACAGUACAGAAUCCGAAUGUGGGACAGUCAAGUUAAGUAAAGAUAAAGACUUCAUAAAAUCUGCUCCUGGCAGGCUGCAAAGAGGGAACAUGAAAGUUUCAGAAUCACCUAAUACAGGAGAAUUAAGAAAAAGGACGUGUCCAUUCUAUAAGAAAAUACCUGGAACUGGCUUCACUGUCGAUGCCUUUCAGUAUGGUGCAGUUGAAGGCUGUACAGCCUAUUUUCUCACGCAUUUCCAUUCUGAUCACUAUGCUGGGUUGUCCAGAAGCUUCACAUUUCCCAUUUAUUGUAGUGAGGUAACUGCCAGUCUAUUGAAGAGCAAGCUCCAUGUGCAAGAACAGUAUAUCCAUCCAUUGCCAAUGGACACUGAAUGUAUAAUAAACGGCGUCAGAGUCAUUUUGCUUGAUGCCAAUCACUGUCCAGGUGCUGCUAUGAUUCUUUUUUACCUUCCUAAUGGCACUGUUGUGUUACAUACCGGAGACUUCAGAGCAGAUCCCAGCAUGGAACGUUCUCUUCUGGCAGGCCAGAAAGUCCAUGUGCUGUACUUAGACACCACAUAUUGCAGCCCAGAAUACACCUUUCCAUCUCAGCAAGAGGUUAUCCAGUUUGCCAUCAAUACCGCCUUUGAGGCUGUAACUCAAAACCCACGUGCUCUUGUUGUCUGUGGCACUUACUGUAUCGGAAAAGAGAAAGUCUUCCUAGCGAUUGCUGAUGUUUUAGGUUCAAAAGUGGGCAUGUCUGAAGAAAAAUAUAAAACAUUACGCUGCCUCAAUAUAUCAGAAAUUAAUUCCCUCAUCACUACAGACAUGUAUAAUUCUUUGGUUCACCUUCUCCCAAUGAUGCAGAUUAAUUUUAAGAAUUUACAAAGUCAUUUGAAGAAGUAUGGUGGGAAAUAUGACCAGAUUUUGGCUUUUCGACCUACAGGAUGGACCCAUUCUAAUAAGUUAACUUGCAUAGCAGAUGUUACUCCCAAAACCAAAGGAAAUAUUUCAAUAUAUGGAAUUCCUUAUAGUGAACACAGCAGCUACCUGGAAAUGAAACGUUUUGUCCAAUGGCUGAAGCCUCAGAAGAUCAUUCCUACUGUAAAUGUUGGCACCUGGAAAUCUCGGAGCACAAUGGAGAAAUACUUCAAAGAAUGGAAAUUUGAAGCUGGAUAUUGAUGAUACCAUAGAGGACUCACGAGUAGUUAUUUAUCUUGGGUGUAGCUUGUUAGUAGUUAAAUCUAUAUUAAUAAUGAAAUACAUCUUUGUGUAAACCCCUACAUGAAAGUCACUCAUAAUUUUUCUCGUUUAUGUUCAGAUAACAUUUGCAUGUGCUGAAUGGCCCUCAGCAUCGUCAAAGGUAACUGCGAUGAAUCUCCCUAGUAUCCUUAAUUUUUUUUGUGUGUGUGUGUUUGCUUCCCUCCUUGGAGACAAUUACAUUCUGCACCCAGCCUUAGGGAAAGAAACAAAAGCAGUUUCAGGGACCAAAAGCAUUCAUGGUAAUGGAUAAUUAGACGGGAAGCAUUAUAUAUAAGUAAUUAUGUAUCUUUAAAAUUACAAUAUAGAACUUUUAUAUAUCAUAUUAUUUUCAAUAAAAAUGAUUAUAAAAUGUGC